UUAAUGUUGCUAAGAUAAUUCUAAAAUGAAAAUAAAAUUUAUUUGUCGUUAGCUUUUCCACGUUUUAAAUUUAUUUAAACACACCUGUCCCACUUCAAAGAGACGCGCCCAGGUGCGAACCUAGGGUGACAUACCUUGCGAGCGCCACCACCGACGACAAGCCAACUGGGUUAAGGUUUCAACCGCCAUCAUGGCGAAUCGGGUCAUCCUGCUACUAGUGUUGAUUUUAUCAACGUUUGUCUCGAUCGGUUUGGCUAUCCAGUGCUUCCAGUGCGACAGUAAUGAAGACACGUCGUGUCCUAGCAACACGUGGUUUGACACCAGCGUCAACGCCGUCGUUGACUGCAACAGCUUCGAGGCGAACGUGCCUGGACAGUUUUGUAUGAAGAUCUAUCAAGAGAGUCCCGGAUGGGGAGGUUGGAAGAAGAUCACGCGACGAUGUGGAUCUAGAACAGAUUUUGGAGUUGCCUGGGGCUGUCGAUGGAGCUGGGACUACACGGGGGUGUUCAAGGAGACGUGUUACUGCGAGGACAGAGACGGCUGUAACGGCUCCUCGCGGGUCACGAUCAGCUCCCUUCUCGCCGUCGUCUGCUUCAUCGCGGUCCACCUAAAAUCCACCAUUUUGUAAGGGGGGAUACCCACAACAAACACUUGAAAUUAAAAUAUGUGAUGUGUGGUUUCAUGUCGAUAGUCAACUGCAAUAACUGCAAAAUGAUACUGUUGAAAAGAAGACAGAUAACCUAGCUAUGCAAUCUUUGGUCGCAUAUUCAAAGAAUACCAAAGUUCGUGUUGUUGUUUUGGCGUUCACCUAUAAGGCCCAUUGGGGAGGAUUUGGAUUGAAGUAGGGUCAUAAAUUUAAUUAAUUAUUAAUGUUGAAUACAAGAGAGAAAGUUACUUAUGGGGUGGGUGGGUGUACUUGUGUCCUGCAAAGAUUUCUAAGUGUGUGUGUGUGGGGGGGGGGGGGGGGGGGGGUGCACGCAACAUCGUCAAAAGUUAUACUUUGUAAAAAAAAUCACUGUAUAUACUAAAUCAUUAGGCUAGUCGUAAUUGUUUGCAAUACCCUUUGAAGUUGUUUAUAUUGUUUAUUAAAACAACAAAAUCAACGCAAAUUACAAAAAACAACAACUAAAACAAUAAAUUCCUUCAUGUGUGUGAGUGAGUGUACGUGCAAACGUGUGUGUAUGAACUUGGUUUACGUCCAGAAGCUUCCUUUUAUAUAUUUCAUGUACAGUACGCGCUUCAGUUUGUUGCCAAGCAACACAGAUGCUGUUAUGUAAUUGCAGACAGCUUAUCCUGGAUGUCUAGUUUUAGAUGGAAACAAAAAAUUUAACUGUUCGUCUCUUUGGCUUUUUAAUAUCCACUUCGGAAAUUGUAGUUAAUGGCUAACUCAUUAAUAACUUUCGAUCUCCAAUUUGUGUAUCACUAGUUAAGAAAUAGAAAUUUAGUUUUAACGUAUUUCCUUUUUGUAUAUAUGUAAAAAAAAUACUACACUGUUUUAUGGGAUGGUUUAAAAGUAUUUAAUUUACAAGUACUGGGUAUCCUGUGUUUAGUGAAUCAGUAAUUGCAAUAUUACUCUUAAACUACCAAUUGCCACAAACAGUGUUGUAUUUUUCUUUGUGUUUGAUAUAAAAUGUGUUAUUCUCGAAAUAACGCCGCCACAAUAUUACAACAUAUCAUUUGUAAUAUAGUAUGAAUAUUAAUUUUAAUUAGUUACGUAGCUUAGUGUUGUUUUAUGCAUUUUGUAACAUGUUUUUAGAAAAUAUAAUAUAUUUUGAUAUAGUCACUCUGACAAAUUUUAAUGGAGAAAAAGUUGAAAGAAAUAGUAGGCUACGGUAAUUGUGAAUAAGAAAUAAUGGGGCAAUGUUUUUUAAUUAAUUAAUAAAUUUUUAAAUCUAAGUAUUUUUGCAUAACACCCCUUUUAUUUGAUUUGUAAAUUAAAAAUGAAUGCUUAUAAAACAAAUAAUAAUGCAGAUUUUUAAUUUUAUAUAUAUAU